UCACAUCUUUGAACGGCUUCCAACUCCCACGACGACUUCUUCUUCUUUCCACUUCUCUUUAUUUUUAUCAAAGUCGGCUCUUUGAUGAGCUAAUCCGCCUCGCUUUCUUCCAUAAUCCUUCCCCCAAGAUAAGAAUCUGAAUAAGAGCUUCUUCGGCGCCCUCUUCGUCUCCUCUGGCGUAAAGGACGUUUCGAUGGCUGCCGCAGCGGCGUGUGCGGAACGGGCGACGAGCGAUAUGUUGAUCGGCCCGGAUUGGGCGAUCAACAUCGAGUUAUGCGACAUUAUCAGUAUGGAUCCCGGACAGGCAAAGGAUGCACUGAAAGUACUUAAAAAGCGUCUGGGAAGCAAGAACCCAAAAGUUCAACUUCUGGCACUUUUUGUGCUAGAAACUCUAAGCAAAAAUUGUGGAGACAAUGUUCACCAACAAAUUGUUGAGCGGGAUAUCUUACAUGAAAUGGUUAAAAUAGUGAAGAAAAAACCAGAUUUGAAUGUAAGAGAAAAGAUAUUAGUUCUGAUAGAUGCAUGGCAAGAUGCUUUUGGUGGAUCAGGAGGGAGAUAUCCUCAAUACCAUGCUGCAUACCAAGAACUUAGGGCUGCUGGAGUUGAGUUCCCACCCCGUACUGAAAAUACUUCACCACUGUUUACCCCCCCACAAACACACCCUAUGGUGCAUCAACCUGCUACAUCAGCAGAUGAAAAUGCUGCUUUAGAAGCUUCACUUCAGUCUGAUGUUGCUGCUCUCAGCUUGCAAGAUAUUCAGAACGCUCAAGGAAUAGCAGAUGUGUUAUUUGAGAUGCUCAAUGCACUGGAUCCCAAGAACCGAGAGGACUUAAAACAAGAAGUUGUACUUGACCUUGUUGAGCAGUGCCAUUCUUAUAAAAAGCGUGUCAUGCUUCUAGUAAAUAAUACUGGAGACGAAGAGCUUCUUUGCCAGGGUCUGGCUCUGAAUGAUGAACUUCAGCGUGUACUUCAACGACAUGAUGAUAUCUUGAAGGGAACUGCACCAAGUCAUGAAGCUCCACUUGCUUCAGCUGUACCUCUUGUUAAUGUAAAUCAUGAGGAUGACGAGUUUGAGGAUGAGUUCUCCCAGUUGUCUCUCAGGACUUCAAGGGAUAGUGCAACAGGGCAGAGCAGCAAAUCUUCUAUUGGCAAACUCCCAAGCCCUCUUCUUCCACCACCUCCACCGUCGAGGCCAAUUGGUAGAGAGGCAAGCACAGUCGACUAUCUAAGUGGUGAUGUUUUCAGAUCAGAGCAACCAUCAGAUGCUCCUCUCAACUCACCUUUGCCACCAUCAUUGUCUCCACCUUCCCCACUCUUUUCUGAUUCAGCUCCAUCUUCGAAGUCCUCUGGGCUACCCAGGUAUGAUGAGCCUAUUGAAGCAGAAAAAUCUAGUGAAGUGCAUCUUCCAACGAUUCUUCGGGAAUCCCCAGCUUCCGGUGUAUUACCACCACCCCCAUCAAAAUAUGGCCAAAGACAGCAGUUCCUUUAUCAGGAGAAGCAUGGUUUAUCUGAUGGGGAGUCGGUAGGACUUUAUGAUGGAUUGACAGCUCAAAACCAGAACUUCUCUUUGAAUCAAGGAAAUGCUGGCUUGGGUCUGCAACAUAAUCAGCAACAAGUGGGUGGGACGGACUCAUCACCAUCAGCUCAACAAGCCAAACCUGAGGACAUACUCUUUAAAGACUUGGUUGACUUUGCAAAGGCCAAAUCAUCUCCAUCAACCAAGCCAACCAACAGUCAUCAAACCCGCUAAAUGGUGUCCUCAAGCAGGUUUUGUGCAUUUCAUGGUGUUUGGUCUCUUUAUCAGGCUAAAGAGGCGACGGUCGCGAAAUAAAGUGUGACAUUUAUGGUCCUGAUUAUUGUUCAAGUUGGUUAUUCUGUGGUGUAUAUGAUGAAUAGAGUAGCAUUGUUGCCAGACAUAUAUCCUGUUUAUGUAUAUCUUAGGCUAUUUCUAUGUAAAAAGAGAUCAUGCUUCUUUUAUACAUUGACUUCAUGCUGUUGUGUUCA